AGGUGCCGGCGGCCCAAACCGGGAAACAUGGUGGCCGCCUGCUUUCUCCGCAAGGGUUCGACUGCCCUGGCAGGGUUGUUGCUCUUGUCCUUUGGCAGCUUGGCCGCCAGUCAGAUCGAGGAUCAAACAGAACAGUUCUUUAGAAGUGGCCACACAAACAACUGGGCUGUUUUGGUAUGUACAUCCCGGUUCUGGUUUAAUUAUCGACAUGUUGCAAAUACUCUUUCUGUUUAUAGAAGUGUCAAGAGGCUAGGUAUUCCUGACAGUCACAUUGUUCUGAUGCUUGCAGAUGAUAUGGCGUGCAACCCUAGAAACCCCAAACCAGCUACAGUGUUUAGUCACAAGAAUAUGGAACUAAAUGUGUAUGGAGAUGAUGUGGAAGUAGAUUAUAGAAGUUAUGAGGUGACUGUGGAGAACUUUUUACGGGUAUUAACUGGCAGGAUCCCACCUAGUACUCCUCGGUCCAAACGUCUUCUUUCUGAUGAUAGGAGCAAUAUUCUUAUUUAUAUGACCGGACAUGGUGGAAAUGGUUUCUUGAAAUUUCAAGAUUCUGAAGAAAUUACCAACAUAGAACUUGCGGAUGCUUUUGAGCAAAUGUGGCAAAAAAGACGCUACAAUGAGCUGCUGUUUAUUAUUGAUACUUGUCAAGGAGCAUCCAUGUAUGAACGAUUUUAUUCUCCUAACAUAAUGGCUUUAGCUAGUAGCCAAGUGGGAGAAGAUUCACUCUCGCAUCAACCUGAUCCUGCAAUUGGAGUCCACCUUAUGGAUAGAUAUACAUUUUAUGUCUUGGAAUUUUUGGAAGAAAUUAAUCCAGCUAGUCAAACUAAUAUGAAUGACCUUUUUCAGGUCUGUCCCAAAAGUCUGUGUGUCUCUACCCCUGGGCAUCGCACUGAUCUUUUUCAGAGGGAUCCUAAAAAUGUCUUGAUAACUGAUUUUUUUGGAAGUGUGAGGAAAGUGGAAAUUACAACAGAGACUAUUCGUUUGCAACCAGAUUUAGAAAUCAUGGAAAGCAGAUAUAAAAAAGAGUGGAUGGAUGAGGAACUAAUGGAACCUCUGAAAUAUGCCGAACAACUUCCUGUAGCUCAGAUAAUACACCAGAAACCAAAGCUGAAAGAUUGGCAUCCUCCUGGGGGCUUUAUUCUGGGAUUGUGGGCACUCAUUAUAAUGGUUUUCUUCAAAACUUAUGGAAUCAAGCAUAUGAAGUUCAUUUUUUAGAUGUGAUGUCUGAAGAAGACUGCAUGGAAGACUACCAUCGUGGAUAAGAUGUUGUGCCAUUAUAUUUUUUUAAAAAAAAUACACUGUUCUUGUGUGAAUUAGGCAAAAAGUAUAGGGAAACUAAAGUUGAAUGAAAUAUUGAUGUGAUAACUUAAAAAUAAUUGUUAAUGCAAGUGCUAAAUAUACAUUUUCUGUUGUUUGUGGACAGAGAGAUCAGAGUAUACUUAAUGGCUGUUUUUGAAAAUAAGAAUUUCCCCUAAUCUUACUCCCUUUAUGUUUGGAAAAGAAAAAGAAUGUGAACGCAUUAAAUUCUCACUAGCAGAUGUAACUUCUGUCAGUAUUUUUGUGUUGUUCUCCUAGUCUUUUUUUCUGUGUACAUAAUUUUUUCCCAAAUAGAGAUCAUAUAGAAUAUAUCAUUCUGUAACUUUAUUUUUCAUUUUACAAUUUGUUAUCAACCCUUGGACAUUCUUCAGAACACAUUGAGAAUGGUUGCACAGUAUCCAUUUUAUGAAUGUCCAGUAAGCUAUUUAACAUUCUUCUGUUCUUGGACCACUUUGUUCCCCAAAAUCUUCCUUUAGUUCACUCUCUACUGUGUUAAUAAUUUUCUGUCAGCCAUUCAUGGAAUUCUGAAGCUUUAAUUAUAAGUAAAUGAAAAACAUUAGUUCCUUAAUUUAUGUUACUGAUAGUUUUGGGGACUUUUUUUGCUGUCAGUUAAUCUGGAAAAUUUAAGACCUUUGAGAAUUUCAUAUUACUGACUGCUCAAGAGAAACAAACCCCAUUAUUUCUCAUUUCUAACCAUUCUGUGAUCCUCUAGAAUUGAUUACCUCCUCUUCAGUUUCCGUAUUAAAAGAGACAUUGUUUCAAUUCUGUUUAAGGUAAACCUUGCCCACGGACUGGAUCUGUACUUUUCCUGAGAUGAUCCCGUAGAGCGGAGGGAUGGUAUGAAAAAUUCACACUUAGUCCCUGCCUUCAUGUCUGACUGAUGCAUCAUAAAAGGCAGAGAAGACCCCCUUUCUGGUCUCUGCAAAGGGGGCAAGAGCUCAUAUCUUCAUCACUGAUUUGUUUAGCGUGUCAGCCGUCUUCCUGUCUUUCUCCUAAUUAGGAGUAUUGAGAUUGUGUUUUGCCGUCCACCGCAGAUAAUAUGUUUUUUGCAUACCGGGGGGUAAAACCCAUGAAAGUUAAGUAUUCCUGUGCCAUAGGAUGCUUUCUUACAUUUCCUCUGUUUUAUUCAGAUCUUUAUCAUUAUUAAGUGCAAAGAUCUUGUUUCUUGUUUCUAAUUAUAGAUAACAUUAAAAAGAACUCUUUCUCCACAAUAAAAUCUCCUAAAAUUAA